AUGUCCUACAUCUAUGCCAUCUACAAAAGAUUUAAGGGUUCUGGUAUGGCAGAAACUCUGGUUGCAGCAGAGGUGAUUGUGGAGGGCUCCGUUGACCAAGCACUUCGAAGUAAGCAUUACAGGUGGGCGUGUGAUGCAUUGUACUCUGGAGAGAGAUUGUCAUUCAUCACUGAUUGAGAGCGAUUCUUGAACAUCAGGAACUGUCAGAACAUGUGAAGGAGAACCUUGACACUUUGCGAAAUGCAUUCACAGAGACACAAGAGGAUCUACAGAAAGCUCACAGUAAUCUUGAGGAUGAUGACGACAUCAAAGAAUUGAUUAACCAAGUCUAUAAGGAACCUGGUACGGACAUGGGGGACUUCUGGGUCUCGUUCAUGGAGAUGUCGGAUCCUCUUGUCCAGAAUAUCGAUGCAUGCCAUGCCAGAAAUGGAACUGAGUAUUUAUCACCAACAUACGAUAUGUUGCCUUGGCUAAUGGCAUACGAUAACCAUGGGUAUGGGAGAUGGUUGCCAGAUUAUUGGGCUAUGCUCUCUUCACUACCAAAUAAGCAAAUGGCAUUCUUCAACGAUCACUUUGCACAGUCCAUGACAGGGCUACCUCACUUGUGUCAGCCGAUAGACCUUUGGAUUGAAACGACAAUGAAUCUAAACUCGAAGUUGAAGCAAGGUUGGCUACAGCUCCUGUUGAAUGAGAAGCAGUUGUUCUCUACCACAAGAAACGUAAACAACGUUGCGAGGGUGAAGAAGGCUGCAGUAACACGAAAUCUCAAGUGGCAUUGUUGCCAUAGGAAGCAUGUUGAAUGCCAACCAGCAAGGAUGAAGAAAGAUGAGCAAGCAGUUCAGGACAUCCAAGCAUGCAUGAAUGAUUUUGGUGCUGAUCCCUUCGACACCUCUUUACCUACAUUGAGGUCACUGCAAUAUGGCGUUAUUGCCUCACCUGAGUUGUUACAUGACUUCACGACCGCACUCCCAGACGCCCAAGCCCAGGUUGAAAUUCUGCUGCAGGAGAGAGUGUUCACCAAGAAUGAGCCUCUCACUGCAACUAUCCACAAGAAUAAGAGGCGGAACUUCGCUAACAAUCAGAUCCAGGCACCGCUUGGUGCGCCUAUGAAGGUGGUCCAGAUGGAGAAGGCGGGGCUGGCUGCCCUGAUUGAUCUAGCAGAGGGAUCAGGCAUGGUCCAACUCGAGUCAGUCCUUGAGAAUAGAGUGACUGAGGAAUGCCUUUCACUCUACAACAUAGAUGGAUCAAUGCGCAAAACAACGAAAAGCAAGUUGUUAGAGAUGUUCAACCUAGAACCAGUUGCUGAGAAAACAUGUGGCCAUGUCUGCCUCAUAGAUAUGGGGUUAAUCUGGCAAUUAGCCACUCCAACAGUCGAGGACCGCAAGUCUAAGAAACGAGACGGAUCGGAGUAUCACUGGAGUGACUACUUGGAUAAGAUCUGCACUAUCAUCUUCUCACGCCUCGCUGAUGCAUGCCUCAUCAUCCUCUUCAACGACAAGUAUGAUCUCCCUUUCAGCAUCAAAGAUGAUGAACAUGAUCGACGGGCAGCAGAGCAUCACCACAUUUCAAAUGUUUAUCCCAAGGCUGAAGACACGUUCCCAGGAGCUUGCGAGUUCAACAAACUCAUGGUCAAUUCCGGAAACAAGGUCAGACUGCAGAAGCUUGUUAAGGAACAUCUUAGAACACGAGUAGGUCUGAAAAACUAGUUUCAUAUUAAUUUGAGACUGCAACCGAGCAACAAAAAAUUUGUUGGCUCAAGCGGGAUUUGAACUCGCAUCUUUGGGUAUCUAGACCGCUGCUCUACCUAUUGAGCUAUCGAGUCAACAGGGAUUGGUGACAAGUCCUAUCCAAGUUAAGUGCACGAAAUAUUUUCGUGACGACUUAACGCUUGUCUUAGAGGAUGCGCAGUGUUUCAAUUCUAUUUCAGAACCAUCCUCAGAGAUACGAAAAACUAGUUUCAUAUUAAUCUGACACUGCAAUCGAGCAACGAAAAAUUUGUUGGCUCUUGCGCAUCCUCUAAGACAAGCGUUAAGUCAUCACGAAAAUAUUUUGUGCACUUAAAUUGGAUAGGACUCGCUACCAAUCCCUGUUGACUCGAUAGCUCAAUAGGUAGAGCGGGGGUCUAGAUACCCAAAGAUGCGAGUUCAAAUCCCGCUCGAGCCAACAAAUUUUUUGUUGCUCGAUUGCAGUGUCAGAUUAAUAUGAAACUAGUUUUUCAUAUCUCUGAGGAUGGUUCUGAAAUAGAAUUGAAAUACUGCGCGUCCUCUAAGACAAGUGUUAAGUCGUCACGAAAAUAUUUCGUGCACUUAAAUUGGAUAGGACUCGCUAGCAAUCCCUGUUGAGUAGGUCUGGUUCAAAGUGACAUCAUAUACUGUGAGGGAGAGACAUCGACCAACCUGAGCACUGAUGUGGCUAGCACAGACUAUGUCUUCAAUCACCCAGAAGCAGAUACAAUAUUGUCUUCUGCCUAUGCCAAGCUGAGAGCCGGGGACAACAAUGAAACAGUAGUCAUAGACAGCGAGGACAUGGAAGUGUAUGUCCAAGCGGCUUAUGUCUCGCAGCAACUCAGAGGCGAUCUGCUGAUGAAACGCAGGGAUUCGUUAAUUGCAAUGACAUGCUUUCAGAAGAGGUAG